CUGGCCACGCCCACGAAGGGGUGUGGCCGUGCGGGUGGCUGCUGGGCAGAGCGAAGGGCUAAUGUCUCCCUGCUGCCCUGGGAGGUUCCUCCCGCCGAGGCCGUCCCGAGCCCGCUAUUGCAGGCGCGCGCAUCAGCCCGGGCUCGCCCGCUAAGAGGAAUGGAAUUUUCUUGGCCCAAAGGAGAAUGAAAAGUGGUUUUAUGAGACCAAAAGAAGUACUGAGGAUUUUGGAGAGAUCACAUUGUAACAAUAAAGAGUUGCUGGCAACUGAAGAUUCGUUUCAUGUUUCUUAAAUAUUGGUGGUUGUUGGAAAUUUAAUUGUGCCCCUAAUUCAGCAUGGAAUCUGGCACUUCCCCCAAGAACAAUGUAAUAAAUUGGGGAAUGCACUUCUAGGACAGCAAGUUCAUAAUGUUCUAUUCUAGCCUCGAUUUACUGCAAUUAAGGUUCUAAUUGUUUUUUGAAGCAUAACAUACAUGCAUUCAACUACUUCAAAGAAUGGAAGAAGAAAAAACUGUUUAUACUGUGCCUGUCACCUCUGAAUGCCUGGAUGUGGAGACCCUUAGCAAUGUCAGUGGCGAGAGAGGUGAAGGUGAUGCACAGAUGUUUUGGAGGCAAAUGGAAGAUGAAAGAGUGGACUUCAUAUUUGAGCAGGUGCAAAAUGUAUUGCUGUCUCUGAAACAAAAGAUCAAGGAUGGAACUGCAACAAAUGAAGAAUGCUUCCAAGCUUUGAUACUGGUGGAUAGAGCUGAUGGAAGCAAUCUCUUAGCAUUGACAGAUGUAAACGAUGUGACUACUGAAGAUGAGAUGCAAAGAAGCAAACCUAGCUUACAGCCUUCUGUAUCAAAUGAAAAUACAACAGGUUCUCCUUUAAGGGAGGCGAAAGAAACCUCACACUCGGGGAAUGAAGACGUAUGUCGUGAAACAAGGGAGUUACCUUUAAAGCUGCGUUACCAGAAUCAUGCCUGCUCUAGUGUAUGUCUUGCCAACAGACCACUGAACUCAUACAAGGGGGAAAACCCUCUUAAAAUACCAAUCCUGUGUCAUUUCCAGAGACGACAUGCAAAAGCAAAUUCGCUUUCAAAGUCACUUGAUGUGAAUUAUAAGGCCCCCUGUGGGAGGAGUCUGAGAAACUUUCAAGAUGUGCAGAAUUACCUGUUUGAAACAGAGUGCAACUUCUUAUUUGUCGAUCACUUUUCUUUCAACACAUACGUACAGCUGGGCAGAAACACUCUGAACCGAGAAGCACUUGUAUUUGAUUUUGAUAUCAGCAAUGGAGCUGAGUCUGUGCCCAUUUCCUUCUGUAAUGAAGUUGACAGUACAAGAUUACCUUAUUUUAAAUAUAGGAAGGCCUCAUGGCCACGUGGGUACUAUCUGAACAACUUCUCCAGCAUGUUUCUUGACUCAUGUGACUGUGCAGAUGGCUGCACAGAUAGGUCAAAAUGUGCAUGCCUACAGCUGACUGCAAAAGGCUGCUUUGAAAAUUCUGCCUCACCAAGUAACAGAGCAUCUUGUGGUUACAGGUAUAAAAGACUGGAUGGACCUGUCCCCAGUGGAAUUUACGAAUGCAACUUAUCGUGCAAGUGUGACAGAAUGAGGUGUCAGAACAGAGUAGCACAGCAUGGCAUCCAAGUUCGGUUGCAGGUGAUCAACACGGACCGGAAGGGCUGGGGCGUCCGCUGUCUAGACGAUAUUGACAAAGGAACGUUUGUUUGCACUUAUUCAGGCAGGUUGAUGAGCAGAGCUGAGCCUCAGGAAACCAGAGAUGUAAAUUAUGAGGCUGAAAAGAAGGAUGCUGUGAAUGACACAAGCCUCAGCUCACUUUCAGUAAAGAGAAAACUGGACACUGCUUGUUCAGAUUCUGAGAUCGAACUUAUCCAGACUGGUAAAGAUAGCAUUAACAGGAGGUGUGAAACUUUAUCUCAGCCUGUGGAUGAUGAAUAUAAACCAGUUGUUCGUGAGAUGAAAGGUGGUGAAAAGCUACGGGAAGGAGGAUGGCUGGUCCCAAACUGCAGGAGCUGUAGGAGAGAAGGCUUUUGCAGUAACAUGGUCAAGACUGCGUGGAGAGUCAGAGAGGGAAGUAGAGAGAGAAGGUCUGUGAGGGUUCAGAACUAUGGAUAUAAUCCAAGGAAUCUGAGAAGUCCAGCCAUUAGGCCUAAAACCAGAACUGCUAUUCUUCAGACUCGCCGGCUAAAGAUGGGAAUUGCUACACUGGUGCAUGAUGCCAGCUCAGAUGAAGAUGAUAGUUGUCAGCCCCAGCAGUCAACCAAAACGAAACUAACCAUUGGAACCAAGAAAGGAAAGGAAAAACCCAACCUGCAGCAAAAGGUAGGAGAACAUGAGGAGGCCAUGCAGUAUGAGUCAAGCACCACAGAUACUGCAAAAUCUAAAGAAAAAAGGCCAUCUCCAGAAGAUGCUAGAGGUGGUAAAUCAGCCAGGCUAGAUGAUGCACAUGUUAUGAAACAGUCCAUGGGCCUACUCCAAAGAGAUUACUUCAAAGAGGAAAAAAAUAGGAGAUCCAAACAAGAUCCUCUUUGUAAUGAGGAGGCAGGUGGUGAUGACACACCUCUGAAGAAUUCUAAUAAAGACAAUAUUUAUCUAUUGGAUGCCACAAAAGAAGGAAAUGUGGGACGAUUUCUUAAUCAUAGCUGCUGGCCAAAUCUCUUUGUGCAGAGUGUCUUUGUAGAGACGCACAACAGAAAUUUCCCUUGGGUGGCAUUCUUCACAAACAGGCAUGUGAAAGCUGGAACCGAACUCACGUGGGAUUAUGGUUAUGAAGCUGGAAGCAUGCCAGAGACCGAGAUCUCCUGUCAGUGUGGGGUUCAGAAGUGUAGGAAAAAAAGCGAGGAUUUCCCGUGCGCUCCCAGCCCCGCCGGGGCCAGCGGCAGCGUCCGCGGAUCCAGCCCCUGGCAAGCUCGCCUCAGCCUGGAAACAGCACGCCACGCAUCAGCUUACAGCCUAGGCGGCCGCGACCUUUGCCGGACCCCCCCGCCCCCAUCGCAGCUGGCGCCAGGCGGGAUUCGAACCGGGCUCUCAGAACUAGCCCAGUCCGCGAGGAUUGGAAGCCGGUGCAGCCUCACCCCGCCCCUCCAUUUCACGUGGGGAGUGAGGGCACCGUCCGCUUCAGCAGCUUCGGCGGCAGCUAGUGAGCAUGCGCACUUGCGCAGAUCGCUGGCACAUGCUCAGUCCCAGGGAGCGAGCCGGGUCCUUCCAACACUCUCUCAGCCAGGCACGCCCAUUUUCUGGCCCCUCCUCCUCCGCCCCACCCCUUCGGGAGUUUCUAGCAUCCUGCCGUGUGUUGAGGCAGCAGCAGCAGCAGCAGCUCAGGCGGCGAAUGAUUCUCUCUCCCCGUCCCCCCGGUGUCUCUCUCCAGGUGACUUCCAGAUAAUGGAGAAGAUGGUGAAAAGGAAGUGUGCAUUUUGUCCAGCAGAUGAAGAGUGUGCUAUAAUGUACAUUGCAGAAAAGCAAAAUCUUGCAGUUCAUCAAGAUUGUUUGUUAUAUUCCUCAGGAUUUGUAGAAUCUGAAGAGCAUAACCCAGAGAAUCAGGAUACAAGGUUUGAUGUGGCCUCAGUUCAGAGUGAAAUCAGGAGAGGAAAGCGGCUGAUGUGCAAUUUCUGUCGCAAGAAAGGAGCCACUGUGGGAUGUGAGAUAAAAACCUGCCGGAGGAGUUAUCACUACUUUUGUGCACUGUGUGAUGAUGCAGCAUUAGAAACUGACGGAGGGCAAGGAAUUUACCGAGUGUUCUGUCCAAAACAUGACCCAGGCAAAAGGACCAAUCAUUAUGCAGUUCAUCAGAAGAGGAAGUGGCUGCCAGUGAGGAAGAUGGAAACUCACUGUCAUAAGCCCUAUGCAGACAAUAAGAGGAACAGGCAUGGAAUUAAAUCUUCCACCUUCAUGGAAAAAAGGAGCACAGAAGAGACAGCAGCAGAAAAUAGUUUACGACUUUUAAGGAAAAAACGUAACACACACAAAGGAAGAAUAGACUUUCUUAGGAAGUGCAAACAGGCUGGACUUCUGGAUGGCAUAUUUAAAGAAAUGCUAGACACACUUCACCUUGCAAAGGAAAAACUGAUGGAUGACAACACUUCAGAAACAGAAUACGAGGAAACAGUAAUAUCACUUUUUGACUGUAGCCUGUUUGAAAAUAUACUUACAAAUGUUCAUUCAGGAACAGAGGAAAAACUUCAGGAGCUUCUGGAAACUCGGAAAAGACUGGAUACUCAGAUUGAGCUACUGCAAGAUUUAAAAGUAGUAAUUCCUUUCCAGGAAAAUAUAGCUAGUGCAUCUAGUUCAGUGUCUGAAUAACCAAUACUUCUCUUGAUAUCAACUUCCAUAUUAGAGAUUUUCUACUGACAGAAACUGCAUCUGGUCAGUGUAUUAAAGUGACUUUCAGAGAUAGGGGUGCACAGAAAAACAAUUGGGUGUUUUACUCAUAUUUUAUACCUCACUUUUGCAAUAAAUUUGUCCUUUUCCUUUUUAAUUUUUACUGUGGUUCAAGGAGUGAUAAACACUUAAAUUUAAAUACUGUCUGUACAAGCUUUUUUUAAAUACUCCAUAAGCCACUUUUUAAAAUCACUUCAGUUACAGCAGCCCCCUGUCAUGUGAUGUGUCUGUGAUUCAAUGUCUGCUUAUAGCAGACAAAAUCAUUAUUAAAAAUUAAGGCUUUCCAAAGAGGAAUUUAACUAGACUUGCACUUGAAGCAGAAGGGUUUUUUAUGACAUUUUCUCAAUUUAUGGUUGUUAAUGUUUAAGUACUUCUGUUUUAACUGCAAUGGUGAGAGGUGGUGUCCAUUAAUUGCUUGUAAACACCUGAGGCUGGCUGGUGAUCAUCCUCUGAAAAAUCAUUCUAUGUAAAAUAGUUACGGAAUCAAAUACUGCAGUAAGAACAUUUAUGGCUUCCAUGUGUUAUUUUGUCUUAUUAUAUUAAAAUUGUUCGACUACAGAAAAACAGUACAUUUAGUUACAAAAUUGCAAGUUAGUGACAAAUCUGACAAUAAAAUGUUUUUGUAAAGAAAGUUGUGUAUUGAAGAAAACUAGUGACAAAAUCCGUUUACGCACCAAAAUACUGUUCACAGUACAACCUUGUAGGUUCUCACUGCUAAUCCACAGCCUUGCUGAUUCUCACAAAACCCCUGGUUUCAUCAUACUUCAUAGCUCAGCUCUAACAGAAGAAACAGUACAACAGGAUAUUCAUAUUAAGAUUUUAUUAUUCUUAAAUAUACUAAAGAACCUUUGCUGCUGUACUAUGAAAUAAAUGAAAUUAAACUACACUUAAAUGCACUAAAAUAUACUUAGUUUUUCACACUGCAUUCAUUGUUAACUAUGUAAAAUAGUAAGUGAACUCUGUCAUUAGUGUAAAUCAAUAGUUCUAUUGCAUAGCUCUAUUUGUUGCCUGUAGACAGCCAAAAUAUGUCACAGGAGUCCUAAAUUCAGGGAUUGAUAGAUGGAACUAUUUGAAGAUGUUACUUCCAAGGACAAAAGCAAGUUACCAACAUUCCAACAAGUCUUUCAUCUCUCCCUUCUGUGGAAAAGCAGCUAGACGGAGAAGCGCUAGAACAGGAGUCGGCAACCUUUCAGAAGUGCUGUGCUGUGCCGAGUCUUCGUUUAUUCACUCUACUUUAAGGUUUUGCA